GCGCCCGUCAAGUGAAUGGCUCGCAGAGGCUAGGCGUAAACACGCAUGGUUUCCUCAUGGAGAGAGCGCAAUGAAAGGAAUAAAAAGAAGAGUUGGUGAGAGAGAAAUGGAGCUCGAAUCAGAAAAAGAAUCUGAUGAUGAAUCUCAUUCUACUCUGAAGCGUGCUCAGAAUGGAAUGACUGAAAACAAAAAAAAGUUUUUGAAGAAAGGAGAUCUCUACAAACCACCAACAAAUGAUGAAUUAAACUUGUUAAAGGAGACAGAAAAUGUUUACCAUUCAAAUAUAUUUAGGCUUCAGGUAAAAGAACUCUUAAAGGAAGUAAUUCUAAAAGGCAAGAGGAAGAAGCAAUUGGAUGAUUUUCUUCAUUCUUUGAAUCAAAAGCUGUUGAAAUUGAAGGAUGUGAAGAUAAAAGAUGCAACAGAAACGUCAUGGUUACCGAGCAACAUAAGAUUACCAGUGAUGUUUAAGAAGAGUCAGGUGAAAGGUAAACUUGUGCUCAGCAAGCCAUCUUCUAUCAAAGUGGUUGGUAGUUACCUGCUUGGAGCUACAAUCAAGCCAAUGCUUAAUGUGGAUGUUGCUGUCACCUGCCCAGAGGGGUUCAUUCAGCCAAAAGAUCACCUAAACUUUCAGUACCAUCACAAAAGGGCAAUCUACCUCGCAUACAUUGCUGCGAAGCUACACCAGUGGCCGGAAAUUGACCAAUUGAAAUUCUCAUCUGAUCAUCACAUGACACCGGUUCUGAAAAUGACGCCUAAAGGAAAGAUUGGUAAUUCUGUUAUAAUCAACAUUAGACCAUGCCUCGAAGAGGGAGUCUUCGAUGCAGCUACCUUACAACCUAGUAGAGGACACAUCAGUAAGAAAUGGUUCAACAGCAGCCUUGAAAAACCACCAGAUAAUUUUCCUGCAACACCCCAUUACAAUAGUAGUAUUCUACGUGAUAUUGGGUUACAGCAGCACCUUCGCAUUCUCUUCGAAGCUGCAUUAGAUUUCCGUGGUAUGACAGACGCAAUAAUCCUUCUGAAAAUCUGGCUUCAUCAGAGGCAACUUGAUAAGGGCUAUGGAAGUUUUAACGGUUUUAUAAUGUCCAUGUUGGUUGUUCAUCUUCUCAAUAUUAAGAGAUUGAACAAGAUUAUGAGUGCGAACCAAGUGUUUAAGAAUGUCCUUUCUUACCUAGCGACAACUAAUUGGACAGAGAGUGGUAUAAGUAUCAAUAAAGUGUUUCAAGAAGGCCUGCCAUCACUAGCUAAUUUUCAUGCUCAUUUUGAUGUUGUAUUUAUUGACUCCACUGGAUAUCUGAACUUAUGUGCCGAUGUUAACAAACACGUGUAUGAGGAGGUACGAAAGGAAGCAGAGCUUGCAGUAAGGAUUCUUGAUGACAAAAUUUGUGACAGUUUCCAGUGUCUCUUCAUGACCCCUCUUCCAUUUACUGCAAGAUUUGACCAUCUGUUUCAUAUUAGUAAUCUGUCGCAACUCAAGAACGUGUGUGAAAUGCAUUUGUUUGGAGAUCAAUGUAUGGAUCUCGGAGGAAAUUACGUGCAGACGAGUCUCCCUAAGCUGCUUGAAAUCCUGCAGGAUGGGCUUGAUAAACGAGUUCACUUCAUUGGACUGAAAGCAAGAGAAACGAAAGAGUGGUCAAUUUCAUCACCUCCACCGGCCUUUUCUGAUGGGCAUCUGACAUUUGGUUUGCACCUCAACCCACAAUUUUCUUCAAAUGUUUUGGAUAAAGGCCCUGAAUCAAACACACAAAUGGCUACAAUUUUCCGUAAAUUUUGGGGUGAUAAAGCUGAAAUGAGACGAUUUCAAGAUGGCUCCAUUUGUGAGGCUGUGCUGUGGCCUGGCAAGAGUCUAGCUGAGAAGAGGCUAGUUGUCAAUCACGUAAUUAAGUACAUACUUCAACAAUUUGCAAGUCUGGAUCCAGAGUCCAUUUCUUAUGUCGGGGGUCAACUAGAUUGCGUUUUGAAGCCGCCGAGACUUGAUAGCAGUUCUAAAAGCAAAGUUUUGCCAAGGGGUACAGGGGAGGAACAGAGCUACUCAAUUACACAUGUUUAUGAUGCCUUAAGUAAGCAGUUGAGGGCACUGAAGGACCUGCCACUUGCUAUAACAUCAGUGCAAGGUGUCUCGCCAGUAUUUAGGCACACCGAGGUUUUUCCCGCAAGACCAUCUUCUCUUACCAUCCGAAUUCGUAAGAUUCAUAAGUUUGUGCAGGUACCGUCGCCAGUUGACCCAUGUCCUGAUUGGAUCCCAGCUCUGAGAGUGUUAAUUCAGUUUGAGGGAAGUGGACGAUGGCCGGAUGAGGUUGAGGCGGUUCGUCGUAUUAAAGCGGCAUUUCACGUUAAAGUGGCUGAGUCGCUACACAAGCAAUUCCAACUGACAACCUACCCCACAGCCACGCACAUUGAUGUUCUCAAGGAUGACUACGUUUUUCGACUUGUUGUUGCCCAUCGUCGUGAGGUACAUCUAUUAAAGGAGGUGUCCGAUGCUUCCGGUCUGUUAAUGCAACGUGACAAUUUGAAGUCACAAGAAUUAGAGAAACAAAUUAUUCAUCUACCAAGAUUUACCAGUGCUUUGAAUGGUCUUCAGCAGCAACAUAGCACUUUUAGUGCAACAGUGAGACUUUGUAAAAGAUGGACUUCUGCUCACCUGUUGUCUAAUCACAUCUCAGAAGAAGCUGUUGAGCUGCUGGUGGCUUACCUUUACUUGUCCCCAUCACCUUAUCGUGUUCCAAGCUUACCGAUGGUAGGGUUUCACCGCUUUUUGAAACUGCUAAGCGACCAUGAUUGGAACAGUUCGCCAUUAAUCGUAAAUUUCAACGACGAGCUGACUGUUACAGAUUAUGAGGCUAUAAGAAAUUAUUUCUCCAACAAUCGAACACAUCUACCAGUGUUGUUUCUAGCAACAGCCUGGGAUAGAGAAGGAUCUGUGUGGACCACGACGUCGCCUUCAGUACAGAUUUUACACAGACUUAUUCUGUUAGCCAAAGAAUCGUUGAGCAUUUUGGAGAGGCUGAUGAUGAGUGUAUCAAAUCCUGCAGAUUAUAUGCAAAUUUUUCGGCCACCAAUGGAUUCGUAUGACGUGUUGAUUCACCUGAAGCUUGAACAACUUCCCAGAAGACAUCAGUGUAUCGACAAGGUAAAGUCAAAGUCAGAUCCAGCACCGAAGCCAAAGUUUCUACCAAAAAAUCCUCCAAUGCCCGUUGUUGACUUUGACCCUACAGCUUACUAUCUUCAAGAGCUAAAUGAGAUGUACGGAGAGAUUGCUCUGUUUUUCCAUGACGUAUAUGGGGGUAAUGUGAUUGCUGUUGUUUGGAAGCCCAAUUCUUUUAAACCUGAGCUAUUCAAGAUACUGAAAGUGAAUGCGAGACACUGUGUGCAGGAUGCCUCCAGUCCCCAAGGGGUGAUGAUGAAGCCUAAUGUAGAGGCCAUAAUUGAAGACUUCAAAACCCUUGGACAAGGCCUCGUAGAUAGAGUUGAGGCCCAUACAGAACGAUGGAUCAUAUAAGCUUACAGAAUGUUAAUGUUCGCUUGUAUGGUAAUGGACUUUUCAACCUGGUUCUAACAGAGCUUAAAUGGUUUUAAUGAUAAAUGGAGUCAUUUUUAUAAAAAAAACACCAUCGAACAACUAAAAAAAAUUGUCAAGUUACUUGAACCAUGUAUAUGUAGAUUUUAUAUCAUACAUCCUUAAAGAUUUUAUCUGUUUGUAAUACCGUACAUGAAGGGUCAGAGGUCGGUGGACCCUGUCGGGAACCUUGAACUUCUCACUGUUUAAAUGUGUCCUUGAGCACAUUAUUCAUGCCUGGGGUGGGGUGGGGUGGAAUAGGGAGGAAAGCCUAUAACCCCUUUCCCUUUGAAACCCACAAAUUUCGGGGUCCAGUCUUUUAGAUUUUGGCACAAUACUAUCUCUUACAGCUCAAGUUGGUUCAUAAUUGCCAAUUAUUUCUAGAUUCCAGAAAUUGUUAGAAACCCUCCCUUCCCCCUCCCCCCCCCAAUUAAUAUAAUUGAUUUAAUGUUAAUAUUAUCGGUGUUCCAAAGAAUAAUGGGUAUGGUUGAAUGUCAAUGCACUAAUUACUUAGCUUCCCACAGCCCAAGUGUUUGAUUCAGUGACCGAAGAAAUAAAUGUGAAAUGCGUAGAAGUUACCUUGGCAUUAUACACUGCAGAUAAAAAUACCAGCAUUUAUUAUUUUGCUCGAAGUGGAUACGAGCCCAAGUAAAAAAACAGAAAUAACUCUCCGUUGGUAAUGAGCAUACCGGAAGUGUAAGAAACUCCCAGGUAUUCACUGGUUAUGAGUACAGUAAUUAGUUCAUUUGCCAGAUUGAUUACAGUACCCAGUACAUGAUUGAUUGAUUGCUUGAUUGAUGGAUUGAUUGGUUUAAUGAUUGUUUUAAAUGUAAGUGAAGAUGUUGCACUUUUUGGUCGAGAUGCUUUGCCUUCACAUUCCAGGGCUCUGCAUUCGAAUUAAGUUUUGUUGGAUUUAUUCCACAUAACUAAUAUUGACAUGUCCACGUUUUAAGCCGCUUAAUUAGAUUUUGUUUUAUAGAGCAGCAUUACGUGUAUGCUCUCAUUAGCCCAUAGUUCUAUCUUGUAAUUGACAUGUUCUGUCCUGCUGUAAAAAAAAAACAAAAAAAACAUCAAAACAAGUAGUUUUCACUUGCAAAGGGUUGUAAAGCUGUAUAUGUAGCUCUAUAUAAUAACUACAUUAGAAUAUCAAAUGUUACAAAAUUUUGAUUUAAGAUAUUGUUGACAAAUACUGUACCACAUGAAGGAACAUGAAAUGUGUAGUGCCCCCUAUAGUCAAGCAUCGCUGUCAUUUUUUUUCUUUCUUCUCUACAAAGAAUAAAUCAUUUUUGAUAAAUUUCUCCUUUGGGAAAAAACCUUUCAAGUAGCAUUGUGAUAAUUAUAGCUACCUGUAUGUCUGAAGCUUUAUAUUUAACCUUUUGUAGGCUUUUCAAGAAUUAUAAAUUAUUGUUUUUCUUUUAGAGGAAUUCUUUAUUCUUAUGGCACUGUACACCUGUAAUCCAUAUGUUACUACCAACCAGAUGGCCUUAGGUGUGAAGGGGAAACUACAUUGGUACAGGAAGGUCAAAAAAUGAUAUAAGAAAUCUAAGCUUAAGGGCUAAAUAUCAAGCAAUCAAGCACUUGUUUGAUCCUCUAAUUAUAUACAUAAUGAUUAUUUCAUCUCCUUACAUUGAUCUCGCCUUAGGGGCCCGACAGUUUACAAAUGUCAUUUCAGUUAGGGUUAUAUUUUAGCAUCAUUAGAAGUAAUACGUUUUGUCCAGCCAGUGGCAUAUUCCCAGCCAUCUUCGGAAUUAUAACCAUACUACUUUCAUUCACGCCUAUUUCAAUCUGAUUCUUAAUACAUAUACGUUUGUAAUAAAAGAUUAAAAAAUCAUUCAUUAAUAUGGUUAUUCAUUUGUCUGAUAACGUUUUGAUUUAUUGUAUGAUACAUUAGUUAUUUUAUAAUGCUGUAAUUUUAUGGGUAAUAAUUCAUUUUAAGUUAAUCUUCUUAUUAAUCCAUGUUUCUUGUUCUAAUGGCAGUAACGAUGUCUCUGAAUAAAUAGCAUAUAUCAAAUAU